UUGACAACACAACAUCUGGUGCACCCCUUCCCAAAAAGAAAACUCAUCUCAAACAGAAGGGACAAAAAAAAAAACUCUCACAUACUACAUGGUAUACAUGUAAAUGGAGAGCAAAGAGAGAGCUAAUUGAGCUUUGUAAAAUACUCCUUGUUGUAUUGUGUUUUAGAUUGGAUGUACUCUGCAAACUAAGCUCAUCCGUAGAUGCGUGAUCUAUGUUCAAUGAUGAGGAGCCAAUUGCCUUCAAGAAGAUGCAUGGUUUUUCCACAGUUGAUGGCUUUGUGGAGAUAAACAAAAAUUUGACAGACAUGAUCAAAUUUGUGGCAAAUGAGCCCUCUGUGGGGCUUUACUAUAUCCAGCAUCAUACUCAGAAGGUAACCCCCAACCUUCUCGAUCUCAAGAACAAAGUCACUGAAAAAUCACGCGAGACUGCUUUGCAUACGGAAGAUCUCGACGAUUCCAUGUCAAUGUUGAGGUCGAUGAAGGAAUGUGGGGUCGCGGUUGCAGAUGAAAUGCUUAGAGAUAUAAAAAAGUCCCUUUCCAUCAUAUCAGCGAAGCAGCCAAAAAGGGGAGUUAUGUACAGUACCAGCACCAGUUUUCUUCCAAGAACGAGUUCCUGGUCUCCGGCCUCUUGGGGUCGUAAUGCAGUUUUCCCACAGCAGGAUGGUGAUAGGAGCCCCGGUUACCUGUCUAGUGCUUUUAAGUCAGUCACACAGCGAGCUCAGAGCUUCAACCGGUCUCAGACGGGCUCUGAGGAAGCGUUUGAGUCUAGCAACGAGAAGCUUCCUUAUGAUUUUAGUCCUGCAGCCGCGAGCACAUCAGGUAGUAGUCCUUCUGCAACGGUAGAAGAGCCGGAGACUUUAGAUUCACCGCUGUUGGAUGAGAAUGGCAGGGAGCUGCAAGAAGAGUCACAGCUGAGUAAGAGUCUGUCUCAUCAGCAUUUUCUGGCAUUGCACGAGAACUACGACGAGUUCAAGGCCAGUCGGGAAGCGAAACUGGAAGAAUGGUUGGGAGGAGAAGGUCGUGAGGAUCGAAGAGGAGGGAAAAAUUUGGACAGAUGAGCUUUAGUUCAGCAGCACUUGGUUCCAUGACCACCACUUUUUUCUUCUUUGUAUUGUUGGUUUUCUUAUGAGAUGAAAUCUUUGUAUGAGAGAGAGAGAGAGGGAGAGAGCUAUACAUGUAUUCUGCUCGCUAAAUAAUUAUGUGAAUCUCUUUAUUAUGAUGA